GAACGAUGGCGAUGAAGUCGGUGAACGCUGCCGGAGGGUCUGCAAGUUCUGGCGGUGGAGGUGGCGGCUUGCAGCUGGGGUCCCUAUCAGUAGAUGAGGAGGCGGACAAGUUGGAGCUGUUUCGAGAAAAGGAGAUGAGCAAACGAGUAAAAGGCGGAACGUGGACGGUGGAGACGGACGGAUACUUCACUUAUGGACUUAUUCUUGUCACGCAUUCGCGGUAGGUUUUGUGUUGAGGUGCAUUCUGGUUAUAUGUGGACUCUUUUGGCAUCUAAUUCGGAUGGACGGACAACGCGAACUACAAAGACAUCCGGGCUGAGCUUCAAGGAUUUUGGAGGAAGGACCAGGCAGAAGACCAAAAGUGGAACUGUUAUGAGUAAGCGCCUUUCUUCGACACUACUAAGGAAGUAGUUAGAAUGUGAGCGUCGCUACUUCCAGCGUUUUCCGUGUUCGGCUUUAAUCUUGGCAGAAACAAGUAAUCCCGGAGCUGGUAGGUGGGAGAGAUGGCGCGUACGUUUUCUUGCGGGGUUGGAUCUCUUGUUAUGUGCUAAGGGAGUAGGUGGCAAGCUUUCAAGAGUAGCGCAUGCGCUUGAUCGUCUGGCACUCGUUAGGAAUGUUCUAACCUUAGAGGACUGAGAAAGCAAGGGACUACUGGAC